UCCGUGCGGCUCAGUAAAAUGGCUGUAUGUAGCUGAGCCUCGUGUUGGUUUGGUUAGCUCCCUGCCUCUCUCUACCCGGGCUCGGUAACACAACUCCCACAACAAUUUCUGUCGCUCUUCUACGCAUUGUAUGGAGCCUCCAUCACCUCUCUAACCUUAUCUACGGAGCCUAAACCGGGGGAUAUGGCAGCCGGAUUCGGUCCGGAAUGAAGGGAUUGGAAUGAUUCGACACAAGGGUUGAUGCUUUUAAACAAUUAUUUAUAUUCAAUGCUAGCUUUUGAUAGUGACUGACUAGGCGAGAGAGAGGGAGAGAGAGUUUGGAGGGGGUGUAUAUCAUGGCCGCUCAGGUCGCCAGCGCCGCCACUCUUAACACUAGUCCGCCUUCUGAACUUAAAAAGCCGGAUCGAGACCCGAAGGAAGAAACGCUUCCAGGAGAGAAGCAGUCCGACAAAAAGCAGCCGUGUUUGGACAGCGGAUCACCGGGCCGGGGGGAUCUGCAGGACGGGGCAGACGGUGGAAAUGCAGGGGGAGGAGGGGAGCCAGAGAUGAAGAACGGGAAUGGGAACCCGCCCAGGGUUAAUAAUAAUACCCCGAAUGACUCUGUGGGACCGGACGGAAACAACCACCCCGGCUUCGUGCAUCACCACGGUCCAACUUUCCCUCCGCCUUCGUACGGAUACAGUCAGCACUACGGUCGGCCCGCUUUUCAUCAAUAUGGCGGACAACAAAGCCCUGGCAUGGCAGCUGCUGCGGGUCCGGGUGUGCAGUCGAGCAACAUGAUGGACCCGUAUCAACCCAAUUCACACGACCAUGGCUUCUCUAAUCACCAGUUUAACAAUUACAACCCAUUCCCGAACAGGACUCCGCACCCGGGCCAGUCUUAUGGUAUGAACUCUCCUCGCAGCGCUCAGGCGCCGACAGCUGGGGGCCAGCCAGCUAAGCAGCAGCCGCCACCGGGAGGACCCACAGCAAUGGCUGGAUCUUACAGUAACCAGAGAUAUAACAUCGGAAACCCCCAGCCGACUUCCACACCGACGCUCAACAAGCUUCUGACCUCCCCCAGCUCAACGCGAGGGUAUCCAAACUACCCGUCUGGUGGCGACUACAGCGGCCAGGAAGGAGCUAGUAAGGGAGCAGCAGAUAUGGGCAGUAGCGGUCAGUUCGCAGGGAGCAACCCAGGCUGGCAACAAAGAACCCACCACCCGUCACCCAUGAGCCCGGGGAGUGCUGGGCAGCCUCUAGCCAGAAACCAGCCCCCUGCUUCUAUGGAUCCAAUGGGAAAAAUGAGAGGUCAGCCAUAUGGAGCAGGGAGUCCGUACAGUCAGCAGUCUCAGCAGGUGCCUCCUACCGGUCCUCAGUCUGGGCCAGGGUACCCUGGACAGGGUUAUGGUCCACCAGGUCCACAACGGUACCCGGUAGGCAUGCAAGGACGAACACCAGGAGGCAUGGGUGCAAUGCCCUAUGGUCCACAGAUGGGAUCUUAUGGCCAACAGGGACCAGGAGGUUAUGGCUCUCAGGGCCAGGCACCAUAUUACAACCAGCCAGGUCAGGCUCCUCAUCAAAGUCAGCAACAAUCCCUUUACUCCCAGCCUCAACCUGGCCAGCCUGGAAGACAGUCGCCAUACCCUGGGCAAUCUCACCCUCCACCUUCAACUCCACAUAACCAAGGUGGACCACCUUAUCAACAGCCCCACAUGGCCCCACAGUCACAGGGACCUUUGCCAGGCCCAUCCCAAAGUGCCCCACAGUCUCAGCCACCUUAUUCUCAAGCACCUGCUACGCAGCCUAGCCAGUCUCCAUAUUCCCAGCAGCAGGGGCCUCCUACUCAGAACACACAGCAGCAGCCAAGUUCCCAGGCUCCCCCUGGAUCACAGGGCCAAUCCAGUUACCAAGGGUCCUCACAAGGCCCCCAGCAAACCCCUACUCAGCAACAGCAGGUGCAGUCCCACCAACAGCAGCAGCAACAGCCACAGGGACAUGGCCAACAUCCACAGGGGCAGUCUGCAGCUUACCAACAGAACGCUCAGCAGCAGCAAGCACAGCAGUCACCUUAUCAGCGCUUUCCUCCUCCACAACAGCAGGACCUGUCUGGGUCGAUCGACGACCUGCCCACAGGUACAGAGGGUGCACUGAGUCCUGGCGUUAGCACCUCGGGCGUGUCCAGCAGCCAGGGGGAGCAGAGUAAUCCGGCCCAGUCGCCCUUCUCUCCUCACACAUCCCCUCACCUACCUGGCAUCCGAGGCCCUUCGCCGUCUCCGGCCGGCUCCCCCGCCAGUGCCAGCACACCCCGCACAGGGCCGCUGUCACCGGCCAACUUGCCAGGGACCCAGAUGCCUUCCAGGCCAUCCAGUGUGCACUCAGAUGGGACGCUGCACCCUACAAUGAACCCGUCUCCAAUGGCUCAGGACAGAGGGUUCAUGCAGAGAAACCCUCAGAUGCCUCCUUAUGGCUCCCCCCAGUCAGCCUCUGCACUUUCGCCUCGCCAGUCCUCUGGAGGACAGAUGCAUCCUGGGAUGGCGCCUUAUCAGCAGAACAAUUCAAUUGCUAGCUACGGGCAGCAGGGAGGACAGUACGGUCCCCAAGGUUACCCUCGCCAACCUGCCUAUGGCAACAUGCCCAAUGCCAACUACCCUGGACCAGGCAUGGGCUCCAUGAACCCCAUGGCAGGACAGAGCGGAGGCCCUCCAUAUGCUGGCAUGCCUCCAGGAAGAAUGCCUCCUAAUCAAAUGGGUGCUCGUCCGUACGGCCCCAAUAUGGGUCCCGGGAUGGGUCCAAACAUGCCUCCUAACAUGGGCAACAUGCCACCCCAGGUCAGUUCAGCAAUGUGCCCACCUCCAGGAAUGAACAGGAAGCCCCAGGAUCCUGCAGCCAUGCAGCACCCCUCCAGCAACACCAUGCUCAACAGAAUGCCCGGGUACCCCAACAUGUCACAGAGCAUGAUGGGCUCUGGGCCACCGUAUGGCCCACCGAUGAACAGCAUGCCUGGAAUGAUGAACACUCCAGGUGGAUCUCCUUAUCCCAUGGGGCCAAACAUGCCCAAUAACUCUAGUGGAAUGGCUCCUAGUCCGGAAAUGAACAAUAAGAUGAAUAACAAAGUGGACGGCAGUGGAACGCCAAAGCCGGAUUCAAAAUCAAAGAAGUCAAACUCAUCCACAACCACAUGUGAAAAGAUAACACGUCUUUAUGAGCUGGGACCAGAGCCAGACAGGAAGCUUUGGGUGGACCGUUACUUGGCCUUUGUGGAGGAGAAAGCCAUGGGUAUGACCAACCUGCCUGCCGUGGGGCGCAAACCCCUCGACCUCUUCCGGCUGUACGUUUCCGUUAAAGAGAUCGGAGGAAUGAUGCAGGUGAAUAAAAAUAAAAAGUGGCGUGAUCUAGCCACCGCCUUAAAUGUGGGAACAUCCAGCAGCGCCGCCAGUUCUUUGAAAAAACAGUACAUUCAGUGUCUGUAUGCUUUCGAGUGCAAGAUUGAGCGUGGUGAAGAUCCUCCUCCUGAGAUCUUCACUGACAACAAAAAGAACCAAGCUGCUAAAGUCCAGCCACCCUCUCCAGCGUCCCUCUGUUCCACAGCCGGGUCUGGCUCUCUACAGGGUCCACAGACACCCCAGUCCACCAGCAGCUCCAUGGCUGAGGGAGGCGACCUUAAACCCCCCACGCCGGCCUCCACCCCUCAUGCCCAAAUGCCUCCCAUGCCACCUGGUCCAAGGAGCAGUGUAAAUCUACAAGACCCCUUUUCAGACGGAGGCGAUUCCAAUUUCCCAAGAAAGAACAUGACUCCCAACUCCUCCUAUCAGCCUGGCAUGAACACAUCGGACAUGCAAGGCCGAAUGGGCCCCUACGAACCCAACAAAGACCCCUUUAGCAACAUGCGGAAAGUUGGUGAGCAGUUUCUGCCUGCUAACCAGGGCCCUAACAACGCUGUAGGUGACCAACAGCCACCACAACAACAGCCUCCAUUCAACAGAGGACCACCAGGGGCCAUGGGCACAAUGCCAAUGGGACCCAGACAACAGUACCCCUAUGGACCAGGCUAUGACCGGAGACCGGAGCAAGGAAUGGGCCCAGAGGGCAACAUGGGAUCUGGACCUCCUCAGCCAAACCCGAUGAUGCCUGCCAACCCCGACACGGGGAUGUAUUCUCCAAAUCGCUUCCCACCACAGCAGCCACGGCAUGAUUCCUAUGGAAAUCAGUAUCCUGGACAAGGGACGCCCCCUACUGGUUCCUACCCAAAUCAGCAACCUGGAAUGUACCCACAACAGGGUUAUAAACGUCCUGUGGAAGGAGGCUACCCCCCAUCGAAACGCCACGAAGCGGAGUAUAGCAGUUCUUUCCCUGGUGGACAGCAAGCACCACAGCAACAGCAGCAGGCUGGUGCUUCUGCCCCAUCAUCAGGACAGCAGGAACCGUACAAUCAGUACAGCGGCAGCGGGCCCUACCCGGGCCCUGACCGCCGUCCACCUGGCCCCAACAAUCAAUUCCCCUUUCCAUUUGGUCGAGAAAGGAUGCAGGGAGCAACUGGGCCAAGCUCCCAGCCUAACAUGCCUCCUCAGAUGAUGCAGUCGGGGCCUGAGGGCUCACAGGGGGGCAUGUGGCAGGGACCACGAGAUAUGAACUAUCAGAAUUACCCCAGACAGGGUGGUCCUGGGGGGCCAGCGCAGGCUCCCGGCUACCAUGGCAUCAACAGACCUGAUGAUAUGAUGCAAUCAGACCAGCGGAUGAAUCCGGACGGCCAGUGGGGGUCCCAAAUGGGCCCUCGGCAGCCUCCCUAUGGUCCGGCGGGGCCUGGACAGCCUAUGCCUCGUUCAGUCCAGUCCAACUACCAACCCCCCCAGGGUGUGCAGAACCACAUUCAACAGGUGUCAAGCCCCGCCUCCAUACCCCGCCCUAUGGAGGCCCGGACCUCACCGAAUAAAUCCCCUUACAUACCUGGACUAUCGAAGAUGAUAAAGGCCGGCCCUCCUGUCCCUGCAUCCCACGUGGUGCCUCCUCCAGUGCAGUCGCCUCUAAUAAGGAGAGACAUGCCUUUCCCCCCUGGCUCCGUCGAAGGAACUCUACCUGUCCUUAAAACACGACGGAGACUCACCAUGAAAGAUAUCGGAACCCCAGAAGCCUGGAGAGUCAUGAUGUCAUUAAAAUCUGGUUUAUUGUCUGAAAGCACAUGGGCUUUAGAUACCAUCAAUAUUCUGCUGUAUGAUGACAACAGUAUAGCAACCUUCGAUCUCAACACGUUACCUGGGCUACUGGAGCUGGUGGUGGAGUACUUUAGGCGCUGCCUCAUAGAAAUAUUCGGUAUUCUGCGGGAAUAUGAAGUCGGGGACCCUGGUCAGAGGACUCUGCUCGAUCCUGACGCCUUGAAAUUAGACCUGGACAACCUGGAAGAAGAGCAACCACGUUUUGAGGAUAUGGAACAAGAGGAAACGGAUGACGAAGAUAAGGAGGAACAUGAAACGGAGCGGCCGGUGCUCGUGAAACAGGAGGUGGACCAGGAGCCGUGCUCGCAAAGUCGAGAUGAGAAAACACAAGAAGACAAGAAGAGCAAGGCUUCUUCAUCUGAGCAGACUGGCUCGUCGCAAUCUCUACCUGCCCACGAGAGACCCAGGCAGGCCAGCAAGUUUGACAAGUUUCCACUUAAGGUGGUACGAAAGAGAGACCCAUUUGUGGCUGCCCAGUUAAGUAAUCAUGGUAAAGUACAAGAGUUUGACAGUGGACUACUUCACUGGAGCGCCGGAGGAGGAGACUCGACGGAACACAUCCAGACCCUCUUUGAGCCGCGUAAAAACUUCUUAGAGCCACGACAAAGGAUACCCGUGCCUUCAGGUCUGCUGAAGCGACGGCCACUGGAUGAAGACAUACGAGGGAGCUGCUUGCCAACUGAGGAAGAGAGAAAUAAGCAUAUAGAGGAAGACGGGCAGAAACAGAGCAGUUUGAAAGAAAAAUCAACAGAUUCUGAGAAAUCCGGCUCAACAGCUAGCAAUGAGGAGGAGCGGCCGUCUCCUUCAGAGAUAAAGCAGGCUGAGAAAGGGCCUACAAGGCACCAGGAGAAUAAUAGACCUGUUCUGGCCUCUCUUAGUAUUUUCGCCCAACAAGCACAGCAGUCUGGCACCAUCUUAGAAGAUGAGCCUCACAGUAAAGACGAAGGACCGCUCGUCACGCUGGCUGAUUGGCAGGAUUCGUUGGCGCGUCGCUGCAUUUGUGUGUCUAAUAUUGUCCGCAGCCUUUCCUUUGUGCCGGGAAAUGACCACGAGAUGUCCAAACAUCCCGGACUGCUGCUCAUACUCGGGCGCCUCAUCCUGCUCCACCACUGGCACCCCGAGCGCAAACAGGCCCCGCUCACCUACGAGAAGGACGAGGAAUCGGACGAGGGAGUGGGCCAGAAGGAUGAGUGGUGGUGGGACUGCUUAGAGAUCCUUAGAGAGAACACACUGGUCACAAUGGCAAACAUUUCAGGCCAGCUGGACCUCUCCAACUACCCUGAGAGCAUCUGCUUGCCUUUGCUGGACGGUCUUCUCCACUGGGCGGUGUGCCCCUCGGCAGAGGCCCAGGACCCCUUCCCUACCUUAGGCCCUCACAGUGCUUUGUCCCCUCAGAGACUGGUUCUGGAGACUCUAAGCAAACUAAGCAUCCAAGAUAACAAUGUGGACCUCAUAUUGGCCACUCCCCCCUUCAGCCGGUUGGAGAAACUGUACGGAAACCUGGUGCGGUUAAUCGGCGAUAGAAAAGUGGCCGUCUGCAGAGAGAUGGCCGUCGUCUUACUGGCCAACCUGGCCCAGGGUGACACGCUUGCUGCUCGUGCGAUCGCCGUCCAGAAGGGCAGCGUGGGCAACCUGCUUGGCUUCCUGGAGGACUCUCUCGCUGCCACCCAGCUACAACAGAGCCAGAGCUCCCUGCUGCACCUCCAAGGGAUGCCCUUCGAGCCCACCAGCCCGGACAUGAUGCGGCGAGCUGCCCGGGCGCUGCACGCCUUAGCCAAGGUGGAGGAGAACCACUCGGAGUUUACACUACACGAGUCGCGACUCCUCGACCUCUCUGUGUCUCCGCUAAUGAACUCGCUGGUUUCUCAUGUUAUUUGUGAUGUACUCUUUUUGAUCGGCCAGUCAUGACAGCUGUAGGGAGCUAUGGCUCCACUUUUUCGAGGGGUUUCUUUAUCACCCCCCCCUCUCCCUGGAUGAAAAAACAAACAAAAAAAAAACCAACCUGGCUUCUGCGUGUAAAACUGUGCAAGAACAGUUCACGUAACUGGCUUUAAUUUAUAAAAAAAUAAAAAAAUUAAUCAAAAAAAUCCUUCAGAUUCCAUUCAGCGAGCCCUUCACAAGCCAAUCCUCCUUAAGAGAGGGCAUCACGGAGCUGCUGCGGACUGCGAACCAGAGAGGUGCCCACAAAGGGACACUGCUCGUAGUCUGAAUGCCAAAUGGACGACAAGGAGCCGAGAGCGCCACUGUUAGGAGUCUGUUCUGCACUUGGGGGGGAGGGGAGGGGGUUGGGUGAGAGUACUUUUUAAUAAAGAUAAAUAAAUGAUUAAAUAAAUAAAUAGCUGAAAAACAAAAACUGUAACCAAAGUUGCUGUCUCGUUUACAGUGAGUUUGGGAGACGCAGUGUGCCCCUAGCUGUCCCCCUCCAGGGGCGCAGCCAGUCUGUAACUGAGGUGAAACAGCCUGACUAGUGACCUACUGGUUUGUAGUUGGAUCCUCACCAGUCAGCCCGACAGUCGACCUCGCUGUCAAUAAAACACCUUCACCGGGGAGGCCUGUGCAGUGUGCAGUAGAUUGUAGGACAUUUUCUGUGCCGUACUGCUCUUUGAGUGUAAAGCGUUCUGUUAUUCUGUUUCACACAGAAGCUGGUGAGCUAGAAUUUUGAGGUCAUUUAAAGUUUGGUGUUGGAACAGAAAAUGGCCCCCACCCCACCCCCCAUCCACAGUAUCAUGAACCUACAACACCCUUACCUCCUCUUAUCCCUUGAUUGUAUGAAUACCCUUAUGAAAAGAAUCACCUUUUAGGACUGGUUUUCAACUUCAGAUACAGCGUUGCUGUGGUGUAUAUAUAAUGUUGUACAUUAUACUUCCUUCCUCUCUGUCUGUCUCUGUCUGUGUCACUAUUCUCACGUUUUGCUAUGGGUGCGAGACGGAGGCAGGCUCUUCGAUUUUGUCAUUGACCUCGUCUCCACGAUCGGACCCACUCCUCUGGUCUCAUCCACAGCUCCGUAGUAUGGCAGACACGGCUCAAACUUGUUAUAUCCUGGUACAAACAAGAAUAAACUAGAUGAAGUACACAUUUGACAAAUUUUCUUGAGUCAUGAAUUCAGCAUAUUUGUAUUUCAGACUAUGUAGCUAAGACAAACAUGUAAAUUUCUCCCUGUCCCCUUUUUUUGGCUCAAGGAAUAUCAUUUAUUCAGUAUGAAAUCUUUAUACUAUAUGUUCCACGUGGUAAGAAUAAAUGUACAUCAAAUCUUCCUAA